AAGUCGGUUGUCAAACAAACCCCAAUAUCCAUCUCGUAUGUUCGCAGCAUGAGACAAUUACGGAAUCACCCUCCCAUAAAAGAACAACAUCAUCCAGCAGGCCAGGCCGUAUGGAGAAGAAGAAGACGAAGAGACACGCGGCCCAUAACGGCGGACCUUCCCACGUUGGCGGCGGCGGAGGAGAUACGGCCCGUCGGCAGCGCGGCCCACGGUCAAUCGACGGGUCUCCGCGUUCCUCGGCGCACGUUAGCGUCCCCCUCCCAUAGCGGUGGUCUCCUCUCUGUUGCUCUCCACAUCAGCCGCCCCACCCCUCCCUCCCUCCAUCACUCCUUUAUACCUAACCCUAUCUCGCAUUAUGUCACCGUCCUCCGCCGCCCAAUCGUCUCCUCCUCCGCCUUCUGGCUCUCGUACCGUCAGAUCUUCCGUCUCUUAUCGUAAUCGAUCCGAUCCAUGGCUGCAUCGCCUUCACCGUCGGCAGAGGAACGCCUUACAUCCCUGCCGGAGAUCCCCUUCUCCAACGUCACCGUUGCGUCCCACGGCGGCGCUUCCUCUCGCCGCCUCCCUCCGCCGUGCUGGUCCAACGACGAGACCUCCGCUCUGAUCGACGCUUACAGGGACAAGUGGUAUUCCGUUCGCCGCGGGAAUCUCCGGGCCAAUCACUGGCAGGAGGUGGCGGAGGAUGUCGCCAUGAGGUGCCCCGUCGACACUCCCAAGACCUCGAUGCAGUGCCGCCACAAGAUGGAGAAGCUCCGCAAGCGUUACCGCGCCGAGAUUCAACGCGCGGCCUCCUACGGCGCCGGAUCCUCCCGCCGUUACUGCUCCACCUGGAUCCACUUCAGAGGCAUGGACGAAAUGGAAAGGGGCCCAGAUGCGGCCUCUCCAGCCCCUGACGAUGAAGAAUUGGAAGAGGAUCAGGACGGUUUCAAUCAAAGUAGCCUCAAUCACGCCGGCCAUAUUUACAACCACAACAAUCUCGGUCAUAAUGAACGGAAUAGCUUUCAAGAGUCAGUGAUCAACACGGGCGGACCUGGAUUUCGGAUUCGAGUUAACAGCGCGAGGCCUAAAGCCAUCCCUUACAGCACACCUGAUGAAAUGUUGGGGCAAUUCCCUAAUCACAGCUUCAACAAUGGAUCCAGUAGAUAUCAUAGAGGAGAUGGGGAAACUAAGAAAGAGAAAAUGGUGCUUGGAGAAGAGACGGGAAGGAAGAGAAGGGGUGAUCCGAUAAUGGAGGCGGCGAAAGCCAUCAAGGUAAUGGCAGAAGGGCUUGCGAGGAUGGAGAGUAUGAAAAUGGAUGUGGCCAGGGAGUUGGAAGAGAAGAAGAUGGAAAUGGAGAUGAAGAAGACUGAAAUGAUUCUCGAAUCCCAGCGGAGGAUGGUUGAAGCUUUUGCUGACGCCUUGUCCGAGAGGAAGGCCAAUAGAAUCCAAACCCCGGAACGGUAAGAGCGAUUGUAGUUUUUAUAGUCACUUGUGUUAAUCUUUCCUCCUUUGAAACAUCGGAAUGAAUUAAUUGCUUGACAUUGCCAGUUUAGCAAACCAACUGAGUAUUUAAAGCGUUCUGAAAUGAAGUUUAUUAGAUUUUCUCUAGGAAUUGCAUAAUAUGCUUAGACUAUUUAUCUGCUCCCAGACUUUACGUUGUG